AUGAGCUUCUUCAAGAAGUACUUUGCUGCAGAUGAGAAAGGCGAUUCUCAGCCACGAGCCAUGAACCUUGACGCGCAACAGGCCAAAAUAACGUGGAAAACACUACAUGAUGGGUCGAAGGGUGGAAAGAUUGAGCGUCAAAAAUUUGCGGAGCUUUUCCCGGCGCUGACCCCGGUACAAGCGACAUUCUUUGCAUCACUGGCGAAAGGCGCGGAUAAGGUGACGGUGGAAAAGACGUUUGCCUUGAUCGAUAGUCUACACGGCGGGGUCGAGGAUUUGGCCGAUGCUUUGCUGAGCGUCUUCCCGGAUCCCCUCCAGGCGUUGAAAGCAACGAUCGAUGUAUUCGCCGUUCGGGCGAAGGUCAGCGCGAUGGGCAGCGAGAAAUUGUUGCGAUACUUUACCAGGGAGGCACCAAAGGAUCCAUCUCGAUUCGGCCGUUGGCUACACGCUUGCCCAAUCGCUCUCCCGUUACUCCGAUAUAUCAUCGACGGCUUCACCGGCGGAAUGGCACAAGACUCUGAAUUGUUGCCAAGACUCUCAGCAUCAAGUGAUCUCCUGAAUGAGGCCGCUCUUGCCGUCAUCAACGCCAAUUUGCCGAUGGAACGGCGUCGGGACUGGACGCAGCUAUUUUCGACGAACCGGCAAGGCAGCUCCUUCUCCCAGUUGAGCCAGAAGAUUGAUGGCCAAGGCCCGUGUCUCCUCGUCAUCGAAUCCACGGAUGGACAUGUUUUCGGUUGUUUCGCCUCGGAAGGCUUUUGUACGGGGCCCCAAUACCGUGGAAACGCCACCUCGUUCCUCUUUGCCGCGCAUCCCGAAAUCCAGAUCUCAAACGCCACCGGGCGCACGGAUAACUAUGCGUACAUGAACUAUCAGCAACAACAGAUGCCGAAUGGAAUUGGUAUGGGCGGCUACGAGCAAGUGUGGCCCCUGUUCGUAGCCGAGGAUUUCGGGGAAGGCCUUUGCCAACACCACGUCUCCUCUUUCGAGAACAUUAACCUGUGCGGCGACAAACAGAAAUUCUCCAUCAAGACGAUCGAAGCCUGGCGUUGUGGCGAACGACCGAAAGCUUUCAACGCCGAGGGCGAAGAGGUCUACGUGAACCAGAGCACCAAGUCCAUCCUCGACAAAGACCCGCAGGCCAGAGCCUUGCUGGAGAUGAGCGGCCGCAAGAUGCAUUCAGAAGCCUAUCGCGACCCCGCCCCUCUGCUCGACGACGUUGACCCAGACUUGAUUCAGCGCAAGAAA